AUGGGGAUCGUCGAGAAAAUCCAAGAGAUUGAGCGCGAGAUGGCGCGAACGCAAAAGAACAAGGCAACCGAGUAUCACAUUGGCUUAUUGAAGGCUAAACUCGCCAAGCUUCGACAACAAUUGUUGGAGCCAACGGGAAAAUCGGGCGCGAAAGGGGAUGGAUUCGAUGUGAUGAAGAGUGGAGACGCUCGUGUUGCUAUGGUUGGGUUUCCUUCUGUUGGAAAAUCGACUCUACUCUCAAAUCUCACAAAAACACAUUCGGAAGCUGCUGGAUAUGAAUUUACGACCCUCACAUGUAUUCCGGGUGUAAUCGAACAUGAGGGAGCGAAUAUUCAGCUUCUCGAUUUACCUGGGAUUAUCGAAGGAGCGUCCCAGGGAAAAGGUCGUGGGCGCCAAGUUAUCGCUGUCGCAAAAACUGCAGAUUUGAUAUUGAUGAUGCUUGAUGCUGGUAAAAGUGAUGAACAACGAUCAUUACUGGAACGGGAGUUAGAAGCUGUUGGUAUCCGACUCAACAAAAGACCACCAAACAUAUAUGUUAAACAGAAAAAAGUCGGCGGUGUAAAGUUCACACAUACGGUGCCACUUACGCAUUGCAGUGAGAGACUCAUUAUGCAUGUGCUCCACGAAUACAAAAUGUUCAACGCUGAUGUAGUUUUUCGGGAGGAUGUUACGAUCGACGAAUUUAUUGACGUGAUUCAAGGAAACCGAGUUUACAUGCCGUGCCUUUAUGUUUAUAAUAAAGUUGACCAGAUAUCGAUCGAAGAAGUUGACAGGCUUGCCAGAAUGCCAUAUCAUGUAGUAAUCUCGUGUGAGAUGAACCUCAAUCUCGACUAUCUUGUCGAUGUUAUAUGGGAGUAUCUAGCCUUGCUGCGCGUGUAUACUAAAAAACCGGGAAACGCACCAGAUUUAGGAAAAGAAGAUGGUAUCAUUUUGCGAAGAGGAGCCACAGUAGAACACUGUUGUCAUGCUCUACAUAGAACUCUUGCUAGUCAAUUCAGAUAUGCCAUUGUUUGGGGAACUUCGACGAAAUUUUCUCCUCAACGGGUCGGUGUUCAUCAUUUGUUGGACCAUGAAGACGUAAUUCAAAUUGUUAAAAAA